AUGGAGAAUCUUGAAGAGGGUUACCGUUUUCAUCCGACAGAUGGAGAAGGGCUUACUUUCUUGUUGAGAUUCAUUGCUGGACAAGAGAUGCAUGAUUCUGGUUUUAUCACCACUAAUGUUGAUGUUUACGGUAAACAUGAACCAUGGCAGAUUUAUGAUCAUGGAGUACCCUGCGGUGAUGACGACGAUGACAGCGACGGCACUCAGUAUCGCUAUUUCAUCACAAAGCUCAAGAAGAAGAACAAGUCCAAGUAUAAUCGCAAUGUUGGAAACAAGGGCAGUUGGAAACAACAAGACAAGGGCAAACCAGUUAUAUACUCAUCAUCGUCACCCGUAAUUAUUGGAUGCAAGAAGAGCAUGUCUUACGUGAAUAAAGGGUAUAAUAAGAAAGAUGGGAAUUGGCUGAUGAAGGAGUAUGAGCUCUCUAGUGUUAUUCUUCAGAAAUUCGACGAGGAUUGCAGAGAUUAUGUGCUCUGUGCCAUCAAGAAGAGACCCGUUACUAGUUCUUGUCAUUCCGAGACUUCCACUGUCACAAUCUUGAACAAUUUUCCUGAUGAAGUAACUUGUAAUUCACACUCUGAAUCUGAGACCAUGGGUUUCUUGAAUUUUCAAGAAUCACAUCACGCUGUGGAAUCGAAUAGUACUGCUGAUGAGCCGUUACAACUAGUGGAGCGAUAUGAUGCAGGGGACUCUAUGCAGAGCAAUUCAUCAGUACAAAUGGCAAUGUCACAACCCCAAUUAGAUGUUCUUGAAUGGGACAAAAACGACUUGGAAGAAUUAGAGGGGAUGUUACAUGAUAUGCAACAGGACGACAUGAAUAUUGGUGAGCCAUUAUUAGCAACAGAGGCCUCAUACACUGCCAUGCUCAAUUUUGUGCCUGAAGAUGUGCUUAGCUUUGAUCCAUGGGAAAUACUACUUGACAUUGAUCAGAUAUUACAAGGAACGUGA